AUGGCACUAACUCGCCCUCUCGAUGUCAUCAUUGUUGGCGCCGGUUUCGGUGGCCUCACUGCCGCCAUUGAGUGCAAACUACGGGGCAUGAAUGUGACCCUAGUUGAGACAUAUCCGACAAGUCUAAACUAUGGCGACAUUAUUGACUUCUUUCCCAACGGUGGCCGCAUCAUCGAGAAUUGGGAGAACGGCCAAGUCGGACGUGACCUGAUGAAAAUAUGCAUCAACCAGGGAGACCAGUUUCAGUACUUCAAGGCUGACGGCACCAAGAUCUACACAGAGGACUGGAUCUUGGAGCCCCAUCACUACUGGAAGCAGUAUGCAGGCCACCGAGGACAGAUGCACAAAGUCGUUCUAGAUUAUGCCGAGAAGGUCGGUGUCAAUAUGCAGUUUGGCCACCGUGUUACUCAAUACCACGAUGGCGAUAAGCCUAGUGUCACUACUGCCGAGGGGAAAGUCUUCGCUGGCGAUGUGGUCGUGGCUGCAGAUGGGCCUCGUUCUAUUGCCCGACAGCAGGUUCUUGGACUCCCUGAUACCAAGGUGAACAGCGGCUAUGCCAUCUUUCGCGCCUACUUCACCCUCACCGAGGAGCACGCCAAACAUCCUUUAUUGAAGGAAUUCUGCGACCAAACUGUUGAUAAAACUUUGCUGUGGACAACAAAGGAUCUCCACAUGAUUAUUUACACAUGGAACAAGGGCAAGGAUCUCGGAUGGGUUCUGACUCACAAGGAUACGGAAGAUAUUGGUGAAUCGUGGUCUUUCCCGGGUCGGAAGCAAGACGUCCUAGACUGUUUGGCACAGGGCAAGUUUGAGAAGCGUCUUGUUGAAGUCGUCAACGCAACUCCCGAAAAGAACAUCGUCGAUUACAAGCUCGUGUGGCGUGAUCCUCUGGAGACCUGGCUCAGCCCCUCAGCUCAUACUGUGCUGAUUGGGGACGCCGCUCACUGUCACCUUCCAACUUCUGCUCAAGGCGGAUCCCAAGCCAUGGAAGAUGGAGUUGCCUUGGCCGUUGCCUUGGAUCGCAGCCAGGGCGACGUCGCUCUGGGGCUGCGGGUGUUUGAAAGAAUCAGAUUCAACCGCUCCCAUGUCACUCACAUGGCAUCCAUUGCCGUGCGAGAUGGCUAUCAUAACGUCGACUGGGAUGGUGAUUUCAUUCGGGAGAACCCGCAUAUUCUGGCACUUCCUCGGCCUGAGUGGGUUAUCGAGUAUGAUAUUGAGAAGGAGUCAGAGAAGUACUUUGAAAGACUGGCUGCUGAUGUGAGAAAUGGAAGGAAAGGGACAAUUCAGGAGUUGGCGCUCCCCGCUGGGGGCGAUUAUGAACCGAAGACAUUGAAAAGAAAGGGCCCUCGAUCAAAGUUUUGA